AGUCAAAAAUUGUAAUUUCAAAUUAUGUUUAGAAACGAAAAUAUUCUUCAACGCGGGCGUUUUAAAUCGGUCCUGAUUGAGAACGAUGUUAUUAAUGUACUUGUACGGGAGGGAGGUGUUUAUGGCAAAAUUCGGAGGUGGUGGUACGGUUUAUUUCUGUUGUCGUAUGAAGAUGACCGAGCAAAACGUUACUACAUGAGUUCGUACGCGAUGAUGAUGGCAAGGGCCGCCCAGUUUCACCAUGACCGUAGCUGUAUCCAUCCUUUUAGUACAUUCAGGAACUUUUGGGACUGCAUAACUCUGCUACUCCUCUUUACACGCAUAAUAAUAUUCCAGUUAAACAAUAGUGUGCUACACGACAAUCACAUAUUCUUACACUAUUUGUUGGUCAUCAUCGACGUUGUAUGCAUCGUGGACCUUUACGUCAACGCAAAAACUGGUUACGUGGUCCAAAGAACUAGACAAGUCGUUAUGAAUUCCCAUGAUAUAUUAUUAAACUAUCUUUCUACAAACGUUUUUGUCCAUGCUAUGACUGCAGUACCAGUUCAGAGCCUUCUGUUCCUUAGACUGGGGAAGGAUGUGGCUAUAGCAUCCAACAAAGCCAACUUAUUCUCCUGUACGCUUAAGAUUAUAAGUGUGUUUCAUGUAGCAAGACUGUUCCAAGCUUCUAAAUACUUAUCGAAAGAGCGUGCUACUUUUGCAAAGACGGUCGCCUUCAAGUUUAUGAGAAUAAUCGUUCUUGGAAUUGUGGUGAUUUAUGUAAUAAUAGCGUUGACUAACACAUACAAUGUGAUUAAUGGAAUUGUGACAGGAUCAAUCAAAAUAAAUACUUUUAACGGACAUUUGAUAUUAAUUAAGUAUCAUUCCGAGCCCGGACAGGUACAUGACUUAUCCAUGUUUCACUUUGUGAAGUUAUCCAGAGUUUGCAAGAUUCUUUUUCUCUUCGGAUUUGGACUUUUACCUAAUGUGGAGACUGUCGAUCGCAUUUCAGCUAUAGUAAGUUACUGGGUAGCCUUCAUAUUUCACCUCUGGGCUGGAAUUGUUUUAUAUAACUGCGUGACCAGAGAACACUCUUUGAACGACCGUCUACAUGUGGCCCGAACACAGACUUUUAAUGUCUUACGAAUAAGGGGGCUUCCUGACACUAUUCAUGAUAAAGUCGUCCAGUAUUAUGAUUAUAAGAUGUCAAGUUUGAACAUUUUAGAGAAAAAAAACUGCCUGUUUAAAGCGUUACCUAGUGAAUUGACGUCAGAGAUCAAAAUGAGCUGUUUUGAGAACUAUGUUGUAAAGAUUCCCUGUUUUUCCAAAUGGCCACCAGAAGUUAUUGCUAAAAUUGUGGAUCUGCUGCAACCUGAAAUAUACCUGGGUAAUGAUCUAGUGAGCAGUAUACAGAACUCGCGCGACGGACUGGUGAUAGUAGAAGUAGGGCUGCUGGCAGUGUACACUAAACAAGAAGAAACCGUUCACCUCAUGGACGGUGACCACUUUGGAGAAACAGCGCUGGUCAACGAUCGGGAGACGCCAUCGAAUACUGUAGUUGCUGUUACACCUAGCACGGUUUUGUUAUUGGAUAAAGUACUUUUCCGUAAAAUGAUGGCAUCAUAUCCGAACCUCUUUUGUUCGUUACGUAUGGAGUUCAUAUUAGCCAGCGGCGUAUCGGAUAGCCGACAUGUCGAAGAAGAAGAAACAGGUAUAUCACCUGAAUCAGAAACCGUCCGUCUGACGUGCACCGCGCACACGGGCGUCCGCGCGCGGCCCGGACGGUAA